CGUCAUCGUCAUUUUUGUAGAAUUAAUUCUCUGCUUGAUCUCCCUCCUCCUCCUCCUCCUCCUCCUACUACUACUAUAUCCUCUAUUUCUACGACUUGGAUAGAAAGAAAGAAUAUGGCUGCGUCGUCCGUCUCCUCUCCCAUCAACUGGAUCCUUCCGUCCUCCGGCUCCGGCUCAUCCAUCAAGAAACCCAUCAAGACCGUCUCAAAACCCUGUUUUGGGUGUGACUGCGGCGACGAGGAAUGCGACUGUUGCAUUUGCUCUGUGAUGUGAGGUAGAUAGAAUAUGUCUGUUUAGGUAGUCACAACCAGAGGAGGUCAAGGGAUCAGCUCAGUAUUGGUGCAGAAAUGUUCGAUUCGCGCGAGAGUUCAUCUCUUCUUGAAUCAUAUUCUUGGUGGGAUGCAUGAAUUCAGCCCCGGGGUUCUUGUCUCUUGCGAUGUAUGCAAAGAUCAGUCUCUGGUAAGAGACCGUCAAGGUCUCCAGUGAUGAUAGUUAGAAAACGCAGCCUCGAACCAACCAGUAUCUAUAGAUCAAUGAGCCUCAUCCGCCGCAAGUCCCAAAUUAACCUUAAUGCACGUUGGGUGUAUCCAUGGGUCAGCUCAGGAACUAAGAAUACAACGUGCGUUAACC